AUGAAAUAUCUUAGCACAAGGGGAGGCCCCGAACGUCUCACCUUCGAGGAGGCUGUUCUCACAGGUCUUGCUCCCAACGGUGGUCUCUUCAUCCCCGCCCAAGUGCCACAGCUCCCUGCCAACUGGCAAUCCGAAUGGGCCAAUCUCUCCUUCUCUGAACUCUCUCACCGUGUAAUCUCACUCUACAUUCCCGACGACCCGGCUCAGGGUGGAAUCCCAUCCGCCGACCUUCAGCAAGUCAUCAACAAGUCUUACUCCACCUUCCGACACAACGAUACCACACCGCUCGUCCGCCUAGACGAUAAGGAAUGGUGUCUCGAGCUCUGGCACGGUCCUACUUUCGCCUUCAAGGAUGUCGCUCUCCAGCUUCUCGGCAAUCUCUUCGAAUACUUCCUUCAGCGAAGAAACAAGGGUAAGCCCGAGCACCAGCGCGAGAAGCUCACCGUCGUCGGUGCUACCAGUGGCGACACUGGCAGUGCUGCCAUUCAGGCUGUCAGGUCCAAAGAGGACAUUUGCAUCUUCAUUCUCUUCCCAAAUGGCCGUGUUAGCCCUAUCCAGGAGGCUCAGAUGUCCACUGUUCUCGAUGACAAUGUAAACAACCUCUCCGUACAGGGCACUUUCGAUGAUUGUCAGGACGUCGUCAAGGCUCUCUUCUCUGACGCCGAGUUCAACGCCAAGCACCGCCUCGGUGCCGUCAACUCAAUCAACUGGGCUCGUAUCCUCGCACAGAUCGUCUACUACUUUUCCGCAUACUUCAGCUUCCGCAAGCAGCUCGGUCUUUCCCAGUCCGAACCCACACCCAAGGACCUCGAGUUUAUCGUCCCCACAGGAAACUUUGGUGACAUUCUUGCCGGUUACUACGCCAAGCGUAUGGGUCUUCCUAUCUCGCGCCUCGUCGUUGCAACCAACGAGAAUGACAUCCUUCAGCGAUUCUGGGCCACUGGUCGAUACGAAAAGUCCGGUGCUGCCAGCACCUCCACCACCGUUCCCUCUUCAGCACAGACCGAGCCAGCACAAGGCUCCUCCGAUGGCGCACAGCAGGGUGGUGUUCGGGCCACACUCUCACCCGCAAUGGAUAUCCUCGUAUCUUCCAACUUCGAGCGUCUGCUCUGGUACAUUGCGUACGAGUCUCAAGCCGAGCCUAACGCAAAUACCUCGCAACUGGAGAAGGAGGAGGCAGCCGGUCGCCAGCUCGCAUUGUGGAUGCAGUCCUUGAAGACUGAGGCAAGAAUCAUCCUGGACGACAAGCAGCUCAGCAUUGCUCGCCGCGACUUUGCCGCUGAGCGUGUUUCCGACCAAGAGAUCCGCGAUGUCGUCCUGCAAUAUUUCACAAGAAAGCCCACAUCGGCCUACCCAUCUGGCUCCUACCUCGUCGACCCUCACACCGCUGUCGGCUUCAAGGCUGCCGCCAAUGUUGCCCCCAAGGACGGUUCAAGGCCACACCAGAUUGUUCUCUCAACCGCACACCCUGCCAAGUUCGCGGAAGCAGUCACAUCCAGUCUCGAAUCAGCGGGCGCCUCCUUCGACUUUGAGCGUGAUGUGCUGCCCAAGGAGAUGAUCGGUCUGCUCGAGAAGGAGAGGAGGGUCAUUAGUGUCAAGCCAGAGGGUGAGCCUGGCCUGGAUGGACUUAUCACCGCGGUCAAGCAUGUCAUCGAGAAACAGGCUGAUGUGGUCAAAGCCCGUGCUCAGACGCCCAACACCGCCAGCGUAUGA